UCCCCCCUCCCCCCUUUCCCACUUUCCACACGUCCGCGAUGCGCCCGCGCGGGAAUGUGUCGCGUCGCUACAGUGAUAAGAUGGGGGAGCGAUGAGAGAUUCAAGUUGCGGCUGCGAGGUACCGACGCCGAAUUGACCACACGGUUAGCCGAUAACCUCAAAGAGCCUCGCAACUCGCAACCAGUUCGCCUGACGAUCUACGUUAAUCCACGAUGACGAACAGCCUCAUUGAUGCGCACUGGUUUCCCCUGGCGUCGCAGGGCAACAUUUACUCCAUGACCAAACUGUGCUCGUCCAGCAGCUCCAACAAGCUGUUAGUGGCGUCCUUAAAGAGAAAGAUCUACUCCUGCGAGUAUCAUCAAACGUCCGAGUUCCUGAGGCCUAUGGUGAAGGAAUUGCUGUUUACGUACAUCCCCAGUGGCACGGAAAUUAUUGCCAUCGACGCUUACAACAAGUCCGACGCUGGGGACAGUUUUGUGAUAGGCAUAACCAUCAUGAAGACGAGCACCGACACCAUAGAGAGGUACUUGAACAUAUACACGGAGGGUGCGAUAGACGGCGAAGGGGACGAGGGUAGUUCGAUCGAAGCAAUAGCGCAGAAUUGUCUCAUGGUGGAACUGUCGUACAUCCCCUACCAUCUGUAUCAUACCGUUUUACCACAAGAAAAUUCGGCACAGGAGGUAGUCUGGUUGAUAUCUGGAAGCGAUUAUAAGAUUCACAUGAUAAGGGAAGAUAAAUUGAGCCAUGUUUACAGCGAGUCUUCCGUCGAGAAUCACUUCCCGGAGCUGCACGACAUCCAAGCGAUUGCACUAUGGAUUAAUAUUUAUUAUUAUGACAAUUAUAAGCGGAGGGUCACCGCCAUCGGCUGUGAUUGCGGUCUGGUCAAGAUCGCUCUAGUAAGCGUGGUGGACUUGCAGGUUUCUCGAAGCUGGCUGCUGAGAUACGACAGUCCUGUACCAAGUGUAAUAGUAUUCCCACACAGAAACCCCAUUAGCAAGCCAGACUUUGUGGACGUUAAACCCGAGAAAUGCGUCCCGAAAGAUGACAUCCUGAAAUUAAACAUUGUUAUUUCAAGUACGAGUAAUGCUGUGGUUUUUAAAGAUAUCUUGGAGCACGGAAUGAAACAGGACGUAAUACUGAGCGGCAGCGAAUCGUCGGACAGUAUUCUGUGCUGCUGCAUCGCAGACAUAAAUAUGGACGGGCAAAACGAGAUCUUGCUUGGCACCUACGGCCAGGAGGUCCUGAUCUUUGCGUUGACGGGUGACACGUGGGAAUUGACCUCGAGAAAACUGUUCGACGCUCCUGUGCAUUCCAUAAGCUACAUGGACAUAACAAACGAUGGAAUAAAGGAACUGAUUGUGCUCACGCAACGAGGUGUACAUAUAUUACAGCACAAUAUAGCCGACACACGUGCCAAGUGGAAGGAACGUUACGGAAAGUUAUUUGACACGCUAGUUCGAAAAUAAUGAAAAUAUUUUUUAUAUUUCAAAUCCAAAAAGAAGAUUAUAUCCCCUCAUGUAUUUUAUACAUUUGUUACGUAUUGUACAUAUUAUAUUGGUAAUUUAAUUAUAUAUAUACAGGG